UCCGCUCUGCUGUGGUGUAGUGCACUGCUGUUAGAGUUGGAGAGCCUAAUCCGACAGGGGGGAUAGACAGACUCACUGCACUCCCUCCCUCUCUCUCUCCCCCUCUGUGUCGCUGUCUGUCUCUCUGUCCCCGCGCUCUCUCGUUCAUGAAUGUCACCUCUAUCUCUGGGAAAUGCUGGAUUUGUCAAGUCUCCGUCUUUUUCCCUGUCUUCUCUCAGGGCGCGGGUGAACGCGACGGGGAUUCCAGGGGAGCCUGAAAGAUGCCGAGGAAACAAGCCGCGCUCCGUCCAGCAGAAGCCGCAUCCCUUCAUCAGCUUGCAGAGCUGAUACCUCAGGUCGGACAGUCACUACUUCUUCCUCUACUUCUCUUGCUCUGACUGUGUUUGAGGUGGAGAAUUUUUACAGGUGAAGGCAAAGAAAGGACGGGAGUCACAGGCUGUCCCAACAGUGAUACUCCUUUCAUUUUGGAGAGUUAAUGUGUGGACCCCUUUUUUUGUCCCAGUGAACAGCAUCAGGCUUCUUAUUUUUGGGACUGAGCAGGUGAAGAGGACUAAAUUUCAUCGUUUUUUUUAUGGUUCUGGUUUUAUAAUGCAACGAGUCCCGUUUUAGACGGGGUUGAGACAAACUUCAUUUGUGCUUGGAGUACUCUUAGACUGGGACAGAGGUGUCAGAGGGAUAGCGGCUACACUGCACUGGAAUUUGGGUGGAUAACAACAUGACUCGUCCUGGCAGAGGUAGAGUGACGUGUGAAAGCUUUACUUGAACCGGUCUCCCAACCACAACGCACAAAUCCCAGAAGGACAUAUAAAGGCAAACGACCACUCAUCCAAACCUCCGUGAGCAGUGGUUGUCAGACUUGGGAGGGCUUUUAAAGGAUCCACCCUUCUCUUUCCUCCACCUCCAACUCUUCCUCCCUUCCUCUCCUUCUUUUUCUGCUCCCUCCCAGUUGAUUCGUCCUAGGAAGCCCCCUCCUCCGCUCUGCACCCCUCCCUCAGUGGUGCUCCGUCGCCCUGGGUGAGUGGGCAGGGGGGUGGCCCACGGUACCCCCCGACACCUGGGUGCCACCGAGCCGCCAGAGGCUGGUGAGGGGGCAGCUGGGUCAGCACUGGGAAGAUGGCCGCUCUUGCCAGUUCCCUCAUCCGCCAGCGCAGGGAGGUCAAGGACCCCCAGGCAAACCGGCAGAUCGCCAGCAAGCGAAAGCCCUGCCCGAAGAGCAACAAGUCACUUUGCCAGAAGCAAAUCCUCAUAUUAAUAUCAAAAGUUCGAUUAUGUGGCAGUCGAGGGAGAAAAAUGGAGAAAAGACCAGAGCCUCAGCUGAAGGGCAUUGUCACGCGGCUCUACUGCAGACACGGCUUCUACCUCCAGAUGCUGCCGGAUGGCACCAUGGAAGGCACAAAGGACGAAAGCAGCUCCUUCUUGCAGUUCAACUUGAUUCCUGUGGGGCUCAGGAUAGUGGCCAUCCAGAGCACCAAGACAGGGCUCUACGUUGCCAUGAACAGCGAGGGCUACCUCUACACUUCGGAACACUUUACACCUGAGUGUAAGUUUAAGGAGUGUGUGUUUGAGAACUACUACGUCACCUACUCGUCCAUCCUGUACAGACAGACCCAGUCAGGGCGAGCUUGGUACAUCGGCAUCAACCGGGACGGCCAAGUCAUGAAGGGGAACCGCGUUAAGAAGACAAAGGGAGCUGCUCACUUCCUGCCCAAGCUUAUUGAAGUGGCUAUGUACAGGGAGCCCUCUCUACAUGACGUUGGUGAACAGAGUCCGCCCAGAAAAACGCCCAAGACCUCCAGUGAUUCGCCUGUGCUCCAGAACGGCAAGAAAGAUCCUCAAUCCAAAACCAAAACCUCCUCCUCCUAGCGCUCAGAGACACAGGAGAGAGGAGGGGUAGACAACACGUGGACAAUGGGCACCAGCGGACACCUGAACAAGUUUGUUAGGGCUACCCUCCCCCCCCACAUGCUGCCUGUAAUACUGAUCCCAUAAUGCACUGGUGACAAACUGGGUAAAAAGCAGAAGCAAGUCCAGGCAGAGUGGAGUUGGCCAGUGGGAGGCCCCUUUUACCUUUACAGAAGCCCAUUCACACCAGCCCUCCAUGUUCUUAUUUAAUGACCUUUGUGAUUAGCAGAGCCUGGGAUCUAAAAGCAAUAACUCCGCAAAGAGGUGAAAAGUGGCCUAACAUUGUACAGCAUGUCACCACAGCGUGUUCAACCAGCUGGAAGGGAAAACCCCCCACACCCUCUAGACAUCAUCAUUGAGAUCCUUCCAGUCAACCAAAUAUCCAAACAAAGUCUUCCUGGGUUUAACACAAAGAGUGCACUGGGUAAAUCUGUCCCUCUGCUGCACAUGCUCCACAACUGGGUUAUGUUUUUAUUCCCCUAUGGGGUUUAAUGCUAACGUUAGCUUGACACAGAGUCAUGCUAAUGUGAGGCUGUCACACAGACCCUUUGGUUCUAAAGCCAUCUGCUCACUCCACAUCUUCAGCGUGUGCGUCAGCAACUUUGUGAGAUAGCCUGAAUAUGUGUCAGUCCUAUAUGCGUGUGUGUGUGUGUGUGUGUGUGUGUGUGUGCAUAUGUGUGUUCCCUUCUUCCAUUCACCUUUGCUACGAUUUUAUUAGUUCGUGACAUUGACUCAAUUUUCCACUCUGCGGGACAAGAAAGCCCCUCCCUCCUCUGCGGCUCCGUUAAUGGAGUCUGGGACUGAUCAGAAUCUUUCGACCCUUAAACGAGGGGUCAAAAGCUCCCCCGGCACAUUGCGUAACCGCAUAACCCACACUCAUUUAUACACUUACAUCUACACAUGCAUGUUUGUGGUGUGUGCAGCACGUGCACACACUUUAGACCCCAGAUGUCCAUGAGCAUCGACCGCUGAAAACCAUCUCACACCUUAACACUUAGCAAAGUGACACACACCCUCGUGACUGCGCCCACUAACAUGCCGACACAGUGGUGAGUGUGUGUGCAGGUUCUGGGAGAUGAUGAGGAUAUCAUCAGCGAAAUGGGUUGGUGAUGGAGCCUGGCUGUGCGGUUUGUGAUUGUGCUGCAAUAGCUGUUUUCACUGUGGCCGGCCAUGCAUUGCACAAACCCUCAAGGGCCACACAGUAUCUGUGCAAAUCAUCUUUUGUUUCACUGCACACACACAAAUACACACACACAUAUAUAGAAAUGCCAAUUUUGUAUUUCUUCAUCAUACUCUGCCAUCAUGUUCAAGGGGUCUGACUUGAGAUUUUGACCUAAUUCUGUGUGAAAUAGUCAAUAUUCACACAUACACUGAUAUUCCAGUGAAAGGCUAAAACUAAGAGAACAACCUUUCAUUUGAUAUAUCACAAUCAGUAAUCCUUUUAAUCGGAUUUAAUGUCAAGUGGCUGUCUUGAAACUAAAGAUAAAUGUGAAAAUAAUAUAUGACAGUUGGCUACGCAGCUCUGUGAGUAAAGUAGUCUGAAAGUGUCUGCAUUUUCUGAGUUUUAAGCUGUUUCACUAAUUUGUCAUACACUAAGAGUUAUCUUGCAUCCGUAUGUGAAUUACACUUCCCCAAAUUUUCGAGCUGCAUAGCAUUGUUCAAAUAAACCGUGUUUAUUCCUUAAAGAUAAAGAUAAAGUUAGAAGACAUUAUGGAAAGCAGCUCUGGUGGAAAAAGCUCAGUUCCCCCUGAGCAAUGUGGCAGCAACACUCAAAAAGGAAAAAAAAAAUUAUGCCCAAAAUGCUGACUUUAAGUAAUUAGAUUUAUUGUAAGUUUCCAUUCAUUUAUUUUUUAUGACAUAAGUACAAUUUAAAAGGGUCACUUUAAUGGUCAAAUGAAAUUUAGUUGAUUGAUAUACCUUCAGUUUAUACCAAGGCGAUCCUUAUUUGAAUAAAAACCUUUGAUUUUAGAAAGAUUUAAAAAUUUUAUUUUUAUUUUUAAAAUUGUAGUUUUCAGGCAUAAGUUUGGGAGUUUCAAAAGUUACAUUUUCAGAGACUUUAUUUGCAUAUAUUCCCAGAUGUCAGUUUGGGAAGCAGACUGUACUUUGAAAGAGUACAAUUAAAUGAACUAUGCCACCAAAUUGCAUUAUGGGAAAUGUAGUAACUAGUGUUCUGUUUUGCUGGAACCAAAGUCAGGAUUUCUUCAGCUUCUUCUGCACUGAUUUAUUAUUCAAAGCUCCCAUACUUAAUACAUAAAUUAGUGUAGGGUCCUCAGUUAAAUUAUUGUAACAUUAACUAAAGAAACUAAUGCCUGGGAAUCAUUUGUUUCUGUAAUUUUUGACAUUUUUAGAAAUGAACUCAGCAGUUUUUUGGGGGUCUGGUUUUAUAGUAAAUCUCUCCCAGAGAGUUUGAUUUUGAUGCAAAGAGGAAUUCAAGCCUUCUUUACUUGUCACGUUCUUACAAUUAUUAUUUAGAGCUUAUAUAUUGUGAUCCCAUGAUAUGACUGAGGCAAAAAUAAUUAAAGUUGUAUGAGCAUAGAUGAUGGUACAAGAAUGAUGGCUCUGAAAAAAGGAAACUUAAGCGUCUCACAUCUUUUUGCCAGUGUUUAUCUGUUAGCCUCUCCUGGUAAAGAAAAUCACUAGCAUAUUUAAUAUUUCACUCCUUUCUUUCUGGAGACCUUGUUUGGUGCAUUUCCAUUUGUUGUUUCCGUUGAACACAAAAAGCAAUCAUUUUUCAUAUCAAACUUGCUACAAUAUGCCAGGCAGGGUAAUUGUUUCUGCCUUAUGUUUAUGUACUGUGGGAAGCGAGGGAGUCCUUUGUGUUCGGGAGGUAAAGGCGAGGCGAGAUUGAUGAUCAGGGCAGAGAGAGAAACAAAAGAAAUGAGCGAGAGAAGAAGAGAAAAUUUUAGGGAGGAUAAUUAUGAUGAUGAGCACAACAAAAAGAGAUUUAAAUGGGAAUUAUGCUAAUGUGGACACUCUUGCCUGAAGACACACAUUUACUAGCGCUUCUCCUUAUGCGCGUAAUCCUCUGCCCCCAUGCAACCUGUGGUUGUAAAUAAUAAUAGCUGAUAACCCAAUCAGGAUGGAGGCGAGGGUGCUGAGCAAUGUAAUCUUCUACCUGAGAAUUGAAGCAAAUUGUACCUCUGCUUUCCUGAAGGAAGAAAGGAAGGAAGGAAAGAGUAAUCCAGUGAAUACUUAAAGGAAAGGAAGUGGUCUGAGAGAGAGGAAAUAAAUAAAAGAGGGGAUGAAGGAUAUAAAGGAAGCUGAUUCAAUACAUAUAUGAUUUAAAAUAAUAUAUAUUUUUUAAUUUAUUGUACUUAAGCUACUGUUAAAACCUCACUUUCACACUGAAGACCUUAAUUAAACUGUUAAAUAGACAUUCAGGUUGAUGUGUUUGACCAGACACCCUCCCUGGAUCACACGAUCCAGAACACAGUGUUUGACUAUUAUUUGCAGAGUAAUUAGUGUUUAAUUAAAAGAGGCUCCCUCCUCCCAGAACUGAAGCAAGUCUGUCUGAGACUGGAAUCUCUUAGAUGGAGAGAGGAGUAACUCAACAAACAGAGCUUUUGUAACAUCUAUAUUAUGUAUUUUAAGGGCUGGGAAAUCUGUGUUCCAAUAUUUUUUUAUGUAUGUCUCAUGACUGUUGUUUUUGGGUUUUAAAAGGAGGUUAAGGGCUAAAGUUUUAGUUUAAAUAAUCCUUGUGGAAGGGUUUAAGGAGCACUGAUUUCGCACAGAUUAUUUUUGUCAUAUAGAUAAACGUUUGAAAGUGUGUUCAGACAGAGCACCACCUCACCAGGGCAUUGGUGUUACGAUGAUAAAUGACAAACCUGGCUCGAGUGUGCAAAGUUAAGUUGGUGUAGGAGUGCUUUAAUCCUGCAUUCUCUCUAAUGGCCAGCAGGGUGCGACUUAUCUGGUUGCACGAAAAAGUCAGAUUCUAUAAAAGCCUAUGGGACAAUGACCCAAAACCUCACUCCACGGUCUCGUUUGCUAGUUUCGAGAUUUAAUCCCAUGUAGAGAGAAAAAAUGCUAAAGCUCAAAUCAGUGGAUAAGAAAAAUGAAAUAAUCUUUUCUCAAGCAUUUUACAAAACUAACUUAAAGAAAGCACUAUUCUACAAACAAGAAGAAGCAUAUACCAGUUAAGGGCAAGCCAGUGCAUCUCUUUAUGUUUAUGUGAGAGCUCAGCCAUUAGCUCAUCUUGCCAGGAACUAUGCGGUCCCCCUUUUUUCUCUAUUCUAGAAUAUUGUUGAUAUUGCUACAUUCAUAAAGGUAAUUAUAAAAGUGGUUUUUUUUAGCACUGCCUCUGUUGGCUUUUUUGCUCAUGUCCUUCCGCCCACAGCUGUUUUCAUUUGCUAAACCAGUCAUCCACAUUUUUAGGUUUGUGGUCUUUUGACAGAAAACCUUCGAUACAAAGCUAAAAGAACGUAAGAAGCAAUGGAAGUAGAGAUGUGUCAGUAUGGGAAAUGUGGGGUCCUGCUAGUUUGGAUCUUGUCUCGUGAGAGUGAGAAUAUCUUUUUUAGUCCAUUUGUAAUCCUUUCCUGACUCUGAAAUACAGAAAAUCACUGGAGGGGCCCUUUAACUUUCAAAAUAAAAGCUGCAUGAGAGCAAAUAAGGAAAAAAAUAUUUAAUUUUUAUGGAGUAAGUGUAGGGCUAUGAAGAUUUUGUGUCAUGCCUCAUGUCAUGUCAUACAGCGACUUUAAAGCCAAGCUUUUGUUAAACCAGUCCAUCUUUGUCACUUCACUGACCCCACGUCAGUCAACACUGACAUCUAGUGAAUGAUGGAUUCAUAGCUAACUAAACUUCUGUGUGUUUUGCAUGUGUGUGUGUUGAUUCAGCAAUUAAAUGCAAUCCAUUAGAAAUGAUCCAUCAGCCACUUAAAGCUGCAUCAGUCAUCUGAGUGUCCCACUGUAAAAUAUGUAGACACGUUUGAUUUUUAUCCGACUGUUAUUUAAAUUCUAGGUGCAACCUGAUUACUGAUGUUAGUGCCCGUAUUUUUUAAGUAACAACUCAGAUUUCCAGUUAAUAAUAUCAUCGUCAUUAUUAUGAUUUUUUAAGCUCAACUGAGAAGUAAUCAGAUUAAUCCUGGAAGGUUUUAUCUGUUAUUUUUAGUCUAUUUCAAACUAUGUUGGAGAUCUUAAAGAGGAUGUUGCUUUGUUUGCAGUCUUAUUGAUUUCACUUUUGCGGUGGCAGAAAAGUAGAAUUACUAAAUCAUUUAUAGCGGGUGGAAGGUUUGUGCGGCCACACGCGUGUGCACCGGUUUGUGUGUGUGUGUGUUUUAUGCUGUGUUCGUACACUCCCUCUUUUCCGUCUGUCUCUGUCCUGCGAGUCUUUUGUGAAGCCUGAAAUCAGCCCGUCCGCUCUCAGCCUUCAGGCUUCACUUCAAACGACUCUGCGUAAAUUACAGGAUGUAAAGUUUGCCAUUUCUCUCGGCGGCCGUCUCUCUGAGCACAUGUUUGAUUAGUGGACACCCCUCUCCCCUCCCGUGGCUGAAUUUACUGCUUUUAACUGGCUGAUGAAUGCCUCCGGAUUCAGCUCUAAGCGUUAAAUAUCGGCCCUUUGGUGAGCUCGGCGUCACUGCUUCUUUAUAUAUGAAAGGGAUGGGAGAGGUGUGCCAGCUCGCGCCUAGAUAUCGAAGGGAGCUAAAUGAUGUCUAUCUGAUGCAGCUGCACCCUUCACACACACACACACACACACACACACACACACACACACACACACACACACACACACACACACACACACACACACAUUCACAUACGCACACACCUCUCUCCCCAGGGACUCCCUUCCCUCCCAUUUCUCCCGAGUCAGGGCCCUCCCUGCUUACUGAGCGAAUUACAACUGCAGUGAGAGUGAGAGGGUCAUCUGGGGUUGUGAAGGACUCAGAGAGAAAGAGAGAGGCAUGUGUCACAUACUGUAGAGUGGCUACCUCGCACCCUCAAAGCCUCUCUUUGAAGUUCCAUUUCCUCUCGGCGAGCCUUUUUUGCAUACAGCUAAUAUGACUUCCCUUUGACCUGGAGGCAGUGUGUGUGUGUGUGUGUGUGUGUGUGUGUGCAGAUAUCCCACCUGCCAAUUCUGGUAAUCAUAUGUAAUGUUUGUGUAGCUGUUACUGAAUAUUUCUGUGUGUCCUUUAUGUGUAUCCAAGCAGAGAGAGAAUAAAGUACAGAGAGCGAGAGAGAAUAAAUCAAGAGGCCAAAUCAAUAAGCAUGAGUCCUUGGGCAGAAAGCAAUAAACUCUUAUUAACAAGGUGCAGCCACAUUAUCUGGGAGGGUGUGGAAAAAAGGGGAGAAAUAUUGAUAUAGAGAAAACAACUGCGUGUUUUAUUAGAGCUUUUAUUUUUCUAACACUUUGCCCUCUUUUGUGUGUGUGUGUGUGUGUGUGUGUGUGAGCUAGCCGAGCUGUUUAAGCGUGCGUGCGUGCAUUACUUCGAGGUGGAGUCCCCUCACCACAUCUGCAAUGCAGCAGAAAACACAAAAAAAAGAGAAAGGGAGGAAGAGAGAGACUCACGUGCUCUGACAAAAGAGUGACGCCUUCCUCGAGUGUUUUUUGUUCAAUGAAAAAAAAAAGCUUUUAAAUUUGAGAGCUGGAGUAUUCAAUGUCACACCCUGAGAAGCAUUAAUGAAACUUCAGCUAUAAAAGUUUUGCAUUUUUGUUGUUGCUUUUUUUUCUUUUUUUUUAAAGGCACACCCCACGAUCUCUGAACACAUCUGCAUUGCACACACACACACACACACACACACACGCACACGCAUCCCCCUGCAUAGCCAGCGCAGAUGUGGCUAAAUCGGGUGACCUUUACAAGCAGAUCACGGAAGGACUUCACCUCUUACAAGCUAAUGCACCACCCACGCUUUAGUGGUGACUUUACUCUGUAGUGUUUCUUUACCUGUUUUCUAAAGUGUCAUUUGUCAAUCUAAGUACUUUGGGCGACUCUCAGUGGAAUUACUGUGAUUUAUAAUGAUAUGAUGUGAGGUCACAUGUGAUCCAUGUAACUCCUGGUUAGUCACAUUCAUGUGUGUUUGCUGAUUUGAUGUGGUUUUGUUGCUGUUUAAAUACAUAUCUGUGUCUUUUACUCUCAUGUUGUGGAACUAAAAAGCUAGAUCUAUAAAGAAUGAGGAUUGUGGGGUUUCAAACCCUCUCCUUCCGAUCCCCCAGAAUCCACCUGUCUGUCACGUACUGCCUGACUGACCAACCUCUGACCUUCACUGUCAUCUGUCCUUCAAACAUGCACACGGACACAUUUCACGUAUGUGUGUGUGCUUGUGUCUGUGUGUUAUUCUCUGAUCAAUCCGUCACUCAUUUUUUUUCCGUUCUGUUGGUUUUUAUGGACGAUCCAACUUAUUGUGAGUCUUCCAGAAAGAAUUUUAAGGAAAUCAUCUUAACAUUAUUUUAAUGUUAGACAUAUUCUUGUCUUCCAAAUGCAAAAAGAGUGCUUCAGUCUUCCAGCUAUCAAAGCCACAAUGACACUAUUUUUGUAUUCGAAAUGGGGCAAAAAAUAUAUCUAUAUAUCUCUCUAUAUAAAUAUAUACACGCAAAUGUGGUUGGGGUGCAGUAACUCCCCCUGUUGCUGGCAAGGUGGAACAACACAACAUUGAAACACCAUCCAAACCCAUGGAUCGCUUGGAGGAAGGAGCUGAAAAGGACUACAGAGAGCCCUGGGAGUUCGGAGACUCAGACUCGUGGGCUGAGAUGGAGGAUCACAGACGGGCUUGACUACAAGCAUGCAUGCGCCAAUCAUUUACUGGACACCUUCAAAGAAACAGUCCUUCCCCAAUAUUUACUCUUUGACACCCUUUAACCCCUUGACCCUCCCCCUCUUCAACACUUCUACUAUCCCAAACUCUUCUCUCUGCAUUUGCUAUAUGAUCUGUAUUUAUUUCUAUAAUAACUUACCCAAAGUCAAAGGAGACAUAUUAUUGGAUAUAAUUGAAUAAA